AUGACUGCCAAAGAGUCAACUGUCCGACAGCGGAAGCCGACGAAAGCCGACCCCGCCGAUACCGAAACUGUGACGCCGACGAAGCUCGAAUCGACCGUGACGCCGGCGGAGGAGACGCCCAAGAAGGCCGCCAAGAAGUCUCGCAAGGUGCGGUCGAGAAUCGAAGAAGAUGAUGAAACUACGCCUUGGUUGGACGUCGUCCGCGUCAUCUCCUUCCUGUUCGUCGUGUCGUGUGGCCUCAGCUACCUAAUUACCAACGGGGAAUCGUGGUUCUGGGGCUUCAAAGACCGGCCAGACAUUCUUCAGACUUCAUGGUGGAAGCAGAAAUACCAAGCCCCUACCUAUAUGACGCUCGAAGAGCUAGCCGCGUACGACGGCAGCGACCCAGACAAGCCCGUGUAUCUGUCCAUCGACGGCAACAUCUACGAUGUCUCAAAGGGCCGCCAUAUCUAUGGCCCGGGCGGGUCCUACCACUGGUUUGCAGGCGUCGACGCCAGCCGCGGCUUUGUCACCGGUUGCUUCUCGACAGACCGAAACGGCGACCUUCGUGGUGUUGAGGACAUGUUCCUGCCGCUGGACAACCCGGACAUCGACAGCAAAUACUGGACGGCGGAAGAGCUGGAGAAGAAAAGGGCUGUAGAGCUGAAGGAGGCGCACAGGCGUGUAAGAGCGGCGGUUGACAACUGGGCAAAGUUCUUCCAUAAGAGCAAGAAGUACCAUUUUGUAGCCAAGCUGCAGCGGGAACCCGGCUGGGAGGGUCCUCUCAAGCCGCUGUGCAAGCACGCACAGGAUGGCCGGGAAUUUCGCAAACCGCCCGGCGCAGAGAACGAAGAGUAG